AAUAAGUGUCUGAAGAGUAAGUGAAGCUUGUUAAAAGACUAGAACAGAACCCCGCUCCACAUUCAUAGAAGCAAAGAAGACGAAGAGGGCUAAGCAGAGCGGCGAAAAGCUUCGGUCUCUCUCUCUCUCUUCUUCGCGAUCCGAGGCUAUUUUCCGGUGACUUUUGAUUUUCGCGGCCAGCUCCGUGCCCUAAACGAUGCUUCCGCUUUCACUGCUCAAGACUGCCCAAGGGCACCCCAUGUUGGUGGAGCUUAAGAAUGGGGAGACUUACAAUGGCCAUUUGGUGAACUGCGAUACUUGGAUGAACAUCCAUCUUCGAGAAGUCAUCUGCACUUCCAAAGAUGGAGACAGGUUUUGGAGGAUGCCCGAGUGCUACAUCCGUGGGAAUACUAUUAAGUAUCUGCGAGUUCCUGAUGAGGUGAUCGACAAGGUUCAGGAAGAAACCAAGAGAACAGAUAGGAAACCACCGGGAGUAGGGCGUGGAAGAGGAAGAGGAGGUAGGGAGGACGCUCCUGGUGGACGACAACCAAAAGGCAUUGGACGUGGCAUGGAGGAUGGGGCUAAGGGUGCUAGUGGAGGUCGAGGCAGAGGUGGACCAGGUGGAAAGGCUGGUGGAAGAGGUGGAGGACGAGGCCGAGCUUGAUUCAGCUUAUACUGUGGAACAACUUAGAUGGGCAAGUUGCUACUUUUAAGGGCAUUUGUGGCCCGAUGCUUUUGUGGAAUCUCGGGGUUUUCUAGUUAUGACAGUUUUUUAUGUAUGGUAAUGUGAUGUUGUUGGAAUGGUUCUUUUCACCAUUGUUAGCCUGGUGUUUCUCUUAAGGAAUGGUUUUCCUAUUCAUAUUUGUGUAGUCGGUACCUCUCAGUCUCUCUCGGUGAGCACAUGUUGCUUGAGAUACCUAUGUUCUAGUUUUGCCGGAUGAACAUUGUUUUUUGUCUGAAGCAAAAAUUAUAGCUAUUUCUUUUUCUGGUGAUA